UCGCGGGAAAAUAAACCGGAAAGAGUCCAGUUUUGCCGCGAAAAAGUGCUCGGCACAGUUGUUUGCACAUUUGACGUCGGUGCCUGUUUUUCUUCUCAAUAAGAAACCAACCCGCAGCAACAUGUCUGGCUUCGACGAUCCUGGAAUUUACUACAGUGAUAGCUUCGGAGGGGGAGAGGGACAAGGCCCAGAUGUUGGGGGACAAAAGCGGAUUCAGAUCAAGAAACGCUUCCGUGAAUUUCUCCGACAGUUUCGAGUGGGAACCGACCGGACUGGCUUCACGUAUAAAUACAGAGAUGAGUUGAAGAGGCACUACACCCUUGGAGAAUAUUGCAUUGAGGUAGAGAUGGAAGACCUUGCCAGCUUUGAUGAAGAUCUCUCGGAUUGUCUGUACAAGUUGCCCUCUGACAACUUGCCCCUGCUGGAGGAGGCUGCUAAGGAGGUAGCUGAUGAGGUAACACGUCCACGUCCAGCUGAAGAAGAGACUGUGCAGGACAUUCAAGUUAUGCUGAGGAGCGAUGCACAUCAUGCUUCAAUCCGUAGCCUUAAGUCAGAUCAGGUGUCUCGUCUGGUGAAAGUACACGGCAUCAUCAUCUCAGCCACCCCGGUUAAGGCCAAGGCUACCAAGGUGUGCCUGAAGUGUCGCAGCUGUCAUCACAUGCUCAACAACAUCUCGCUCCCGCCGGGCCUGCAGGGCUACGCUCUUCCUCGCAAGUGCAUCAAUGAUAGUGCUGUAAGAGUUAAGUGCCCUGUGGACCCUUACUUCAUCGUCCCGGACCGCUGCGUUUGUGUCGACUUUCAGACGCUCCGACUGCAGGAAUCGCCAGAUGCCGUGCCCCAUGGAGAAAUGCCUCGACACCUUCAGCUCUACUGUGACAGGUACCUGUGUGACCGUGUGGUCCCAGGCAACCGAGUGACCAUCAUGGGUAUCUACUCCAUCAAGAAGACGGCUGUUGUGAAGUCCAAAGGCAGAGAGAAAAGUGCUGGUGUGGGGAUUCGGGCAUCCUACCUGAGAGUCGUUGGGAUUCAAGUUGACACUGAAGGAGCAGGUCGGGGUGCUACUGGGUCAGUGUCUCCACAGGAAGAGGAGGAGCUGAGAUCUCUGGCCGCUUCCCCUAACAUUUACACCUCCCUGGCUUGCUCCGUUGCUCCCUCAAUCUACGGCAGCGAUGACCUCAAAAAGGCCAUCACCUGUCUGUUGUUUGGAGGUUCAAGGAAGAGGCUGCCUGAUGGACUCACUCGCAGGGGUGACAUAAACCUGCUCAUGCUUGGAGAUCCCGGUACAGCAAAGUCUCAGUUGCUCAAGUUUGUAGAAAGAUGCUCGCCUAUUGGGGUUUAUACCUCAGGAAAGGGUAGCAGUGCUGCUGGUCUCACUGCGUCUGUUUUGAGGGACCCGGCGACUCGUGGGUUCAUCAUGGAGGGUGGAGCGAUGGUUUUGGCUGAUGGGGGUGUUGUCUGCAUUGAUGAGUUUGACAAGAUGCGAGAAGAUGACAGAGUUGCCAUCCACGAGGCCAUGGAGCAACAGACAAUCUCCAUCGCUAAGGCUGGCAUCACCACCACUCUAAACUCUCGAUGCUCCGUGCUGGCUGCUGCCAAUUCUGUUUUUGGCCGCUGGGAUGACACCAAGGGGGAGGACAACAUCGACUUUAUGCCCACCAUCUUGUCCCGAUUCGACAUGAUCUUUAUCAUUAAAGACACUCAUGAUCAUCAGAGGGACAUGACAUUGGCCCGUCACGUUAUGAACGUUCAUCUGAGUGCCCAGACACAAACAGAGGGUGUUGAGGGUGACAUUCCGCUGGCCACCUUUAAGAAGUACAUUGCCUUUGCCAGAGCUAAAUGUGGCCCUCGUCUCUCUGCUGCUGCUGCUGAGAAGCUGAAAAACAGAUACGUGCUGAUGAGGAGCGGCGCAAGAGAGCACGAGAGAGAAACGGACAAAAGAGCCUCCAUCCCAAUCACUGUCAGGCAACUGGAGGCCGUGGUGCGUAUUGCCGAGUCCUUGGCCAAGAUGAAGUUGCAGGCUGUGGCUGGAGAGGAAGAAGUGGAUGAAGCGCUGAGACUCUUCAAAGUUUCCACACUAGAUGCUGCCCUUUCCGGCAGCCUUUCAGGAGUGGAAGGUUUCACCACUCAAGAGGACCAGGAAAUGAUUUCCCGCAUCGAGAAGCAGCUAAAGAGACGCUUUGCGAUCGGGUGCCAGGUCUCCGAGCACAGUAUCGUCCAAGACUUCACCAAACAGAAAUAUCCUGACCACGCCAUCUACAAAGUCCUACACCUGAUGUUAAGGAGGGGUGAGCUUCAGCACCGCAUGCAGAGGAAAGUACUCUACAGAGUGAAAUAGAUGAUUUUCGUUCUCCGUUGCGUACAUAUUGCUGUAGGGAGUUGUCUUUGUAAGUUAGUAGUUAAGGGUGUUGCUGUUGCUCUGACGAGGUUUUUCUUAUUUUUUGGUUUUGUACCACAAAAAAAAAAUUCCACAUAUCUGCAUGCCCUGUUAAAAAAAAAUUGAAAUCAUAAAUAAAAUUUAAUCGAAAAUG